AUGGCCAACUAUCUCGCCUCCAUCUUCGGUACAGAGCAGGACAAGGUCAACUGCUCCUUCUACUACAAAAUCGGAGCUUGCAGACAUGGUGACCGCUGCUCCCGGAAGCACGUCAAGCCGUCAUACUCUCAGACGAUCCUGAUGCCGAACAUGUACCAGAAUCCCGCGUACGACCCGAAGAGCAAGAUGAACCCCAGUCAGCUACAGAACCACUUUGAUGCUUUCUACGAGGAUGUGUGGUGCGAGAUGUGCAAGUAUGGCGAGUUGGAGGAAUUGGUUGUUUGCGAUAACAACAAUGACCACCUCAUUGGAAAUGUCUACGCGCGUUUCAAAUACGAAGAAGAUGCCCAAGCGGCCUGCGACGCUUUGAAUUCACGAUGGUACGCGGCACGACCCAUAUAUUGUGAAUUAUCACCGGUUACGGAUUUCCGAGAAGCGUGUUGUCGGUUAAAUAGCGGCGAGGGGUGUGUACGUGGUGGAUUCUGCAAUUUCAUUCAUCGGAAGGACCCCAGCAAUGAGUUGGACCGGGAUCUUCGUCUCAGUACGAAGAAGUGGCUGAAGGAGCGUGGCAGGGAUGCGAGAAGUGUCAGCCGCAGUCCUAGUCCGGAGCCGACCCGGAGGAGGUACUAG